AUGAUCGAAUCCUCACCGUUCAUAAUUCUGGAGCUCGAUCUAACAGCACUACUCUUGAUGCUUGUGUAUGAUCUACAGAAGAAGAGGAAGAAGAAUAAAAAUGUGAAGUUAAGUAAAGAAGAAGAAGAGAUGGAACACGAGCUUGCAAGAGCUCGAGCUAAGAUUAGAAAGGCAGCUUCUGUGGCGGGAAAUCUGUCGCGGAUCGUCAUCGACGGUGAUGGAAACGAUGUCAUUAAUGGAGUUGAUGAUCUGGUUUACCGUAAUGCAAGAGCAUUUUAUCAGAGUUAUAUGGAGAUGGAGAAGAGAUUCAAGGUCCACGUGUACUCAGAAGGAGAGCUACCAAUUGUCCACGACGGCCCAUGCAAAGACAUAUACACAAUAGAAGGGAGGUUCAUACACGAGAUGGAGCAUGGAGCCAAGAGGUUUAAAACAAGGAAUCCUCGACGAGCCCAUGUUUAUUUUAUGCCUUUCAGCGUCACAUGGAUGGUCAAGUAUCUCUACAAGCCUCUCACCUACGAUCACACAGCAAUGAAACAAUUUGUGGCUGAUUAUGUAAGAGUGGUAUCGAGCAAAUACCCCUUUUGGAAUAGAACUCAAGGAGCUGAUCACUUCAUGCUUUCCUGCCAUGAUUGGGGGCCCUAUGCUUCCCAAGGCAAUCCUUUCCUCUACAAUACAUCAAUACGUGUCCUCUGCAAUGCCAAUAGUUCUGAAGGUUUCAGCCCUCGAAAAGAUGUAAGCCUUCCUGAAAUCCGCCUCUACGGUGGCGAUGUAUCACCCAAACUCAUUUCCCCUCCUCCAGCCAACAGCCCACGUCUCUACCUUGCAUUCUUUGCUGGUGGGCUUCACGGCCCAAUCCGUCCCAUCCUCCUCGACCACUGGAAAGGCCGUGACGCUGAUCUCCAAGUUCACGAGUACCUCCCUAAAGACUUGGACUACUAUUCAUUUAUGCUCCAAUCAAAGUUUUGUCUGUGUCCAAGUGGUCAUGAAGUGGCUAGCCCGAGGAUUGUCGAGGCUAUUUAUGCUGAAUGUGUGCCUGUUAUUUUAUCGGAUCAUUAUGUGCUUCCAUUUAGUGAUGUCUUGAGAUGGGAGACCUUUUCGAUACAAGUGAAUGUUUCAGAGAUACCGAGAUUGAAGGAGGUAUUGAUGUCAGUUCCAGAAGAGAAAUAUAGAAGGCUUAAAGAGGGUUUAAGAGGUGUUAGGAAGCAUUUUGUGUUGAACCAGCCAGCUAAGAGAUUUGACGUGUUCCACAUGAUUUUACACUCCAUUUGGCUCAGAAGAUUAAAUUUAAGACUUGCCUAG